AUGUCUCCACAAGACAAGCGAUCGGUCUUCUACGCAAAGGACGAGAUCAUGACGGUGGUGAAUAUAAGCUCCAGUCGCCUCGAGAGCGGGAAAUGCGCAUCAAAAGACACAGCUGAAGAAGUCUUCAAUAUCUACGAGCUCGCGGAGAUGAUCCUCGAGCGACUCGAUCUGGCAUCUCUCCUCCAAUGCCAACGCAUCUGCCAGACAACUCGGGAGGUCUUCGUCGAGUCACAGCGCGUACGUCGAGGCCAUUUCGUGCUCACUAAAGGAUUCACGCCAGUGGGACCCUUCAAGGGCCUCCUGGAUUUCGACCUCACUCCUGCCAUCGCCGGUGCCGACAAAGGCUGUCGCUAUGUCGACCUAGGCGGAACAUGCACUCGUACUGCGCCGGGUACGGAGGUAGCUCACCGGUUCUACAGGGUCAUACCGGCUCAGCCUUCGCACCGCGAUAGGAUGUAUGCAGGCCUCAAUGAAGACCGCAACCGAUCUUCACGCUGCCAGACUAUCAACACGACAAGUCUGGGUGGAGGCGCAAGCGCGCAUGACAUCACACCAGAGCUCUGGAAGGAGAUACAGUGGAUGGACGCAGGUCGUGCUGUGCAGCUCAGGGUCAUCAGUAGCUGCAGUAAGGGACAUGCCGUGGAAGAGUGGAAGAUGUUCGAUGCUGCGGUCACCCUUGGCGAGACUUUCGAGUGGAUGAGUCGAGGCCGUGGGAUGGCGAUUGACAAGACGUGUCCAGGUGGCGAGAACCACCGUGGAGUGCAUUGGACGUACUACGAGUAG